AUUUAGUAAAAAAUACAAUUCUUAAGAUUUAGCAUAGUUUACAUAAGCAUGAAAACAAAAAAGAAAAUAUUGUUGCUGACGCCACAAACAAUAUUAACAUUGAAUAUAAGAGAAAUAUUUUAAUAGGUGAAUAUCAGCAUAACUAUAUAUAAUUCAUAUGGAUGUUGAUUGUUUGGAUCUUUCUAUUGAUGUUUAAGUCUAUAGUUGAUCAAUUUCUUUUGGCAUACGUGAAAACUGUAUGAGUGACUUCGAUAGAGCAAUUAAUUCUCAAGGAUUUCAUGUGGUGAUGAAUAGGUUUGGUAGUGGAAUCUAAGACUCACGCUUCGUUUUGAUAUAUUUGAUAGCGUUAACCCAUCUUUUAAUUUUACACUUAAGGAGGGACAGAGAACUAUUACGUCGUUUCUGAUGUCUAACGAACAAACAAAGUAGAUGGAAUACCAAAAAGAGGAACACACAGAAAGACUGCAGUAGAACAAUAUGCUCAUUUCCAUGGUACUGUACUAAUUAGAUAUAAUAGACUUCAACCGUAUCAUGUGUCAGGCAGACAAUAGAAGAUCGUCGUCAAAUAUCGUCGAUUAGUUGAAGUAAAAUACUAAUACUGUUAGAUCACGGCUCUGUAGUUUUGAUAUUAUGCGCUCUCAGGAAACCGAAGGUCCUGGUUCGGGUCCUGCGAACGGGAUUAUAGAUACACAUUGCUGAAAAGCACUCUACUAGGACGAUGCAGAAGUUCAAUGUUCCCAUGAUUUCAUUCGUGAUAUAACAUUGGUCAGUUCAUGAACUCGGUGAAAACUCAACUAUCUCUAUAAAACAAUACUGAUCAUAUCAUAAUUUCUUCUAACUACAUUUUUACAAAUUCUUAGUAUUCGUCUGUUGAUUCUUACGUAACUACUGUAUUACUGGCCUUUCAUGAUAAUAUUUUGUUGGUUCUCUUAAAGCAUUAUCCGGUGUAACAACUUUUUGAUUUUCUGAAUAAUUACUUUGAUUAUUAUAGACCUGUUUCUCUCAAUUACUCAGUAUUAUUAUGUAAACAAUGCAAUAUCAUGUUAUUAUUACGUAACCCAACUAAUUGACAAGUAUUAUUCCAUAGCUACAAAUCUGAUAUAUAUUUGUGUAGAGCCACAGAGUGCAAAUAUGUCAACUAAUACUGGUUGUAACUGAAUUAAAAUAUUAGCAACGGAAUUAUGCAAACAAUAACAAAUUGUAUAUUUCAGUGAAAUUUCAUACUGAUAUUACGCUUAAAAACAAAUCCAUUUAAGAAUAAAUAUGUUAUUAUUAGAGGUUCAUUAAGUUAAAACUAAUGAUCCACCAGUCAAUCGGAACCUCUACAAUAGCUGCCUUUCAUAUAAACGUCUAGAUUUUACCGAAUUUGCUAGUUAGCAUUAUUUUAGACUUUAUACCAUAGCAUUAAAUUUAACAUUUAUGGUUUUGAAUGAGUCACCGUUUGAAGUCUUACUGAAAAAGAAGUAGCUUAUUGAAAUGUAGAUUACAUAUUUGAACAUAGACGAGUUAUUACUGAACAUUAAAGAAACAAAGUUUAGAAUUGAAUUGAGAUAGUGACACACAUAUAUGAAGAAAUUCAAGUCCAUUUUUGUUACUUUAUUUAAAACAAGGCAAAUUGUAAUGCCGAAGAAAGCAAAUUAACAUAUGACAUUUAAUCAUGUGAAUUUGAAAUAAAUCAAUUGGAUCUUUAAAUUUAAAACCCACGCUAACUUUUUCAGUAGUAUUUUAGGAUCAAAUGAACACUUCUUCUGUUAAGCUACACAUAUGACUAACAGCACCAUACGUUCUAUUUCUUUCACUUAUCUUCAAAUGACUGAAUCCACAACCUCCAUUAAGAUUUCAAGGAGUCAUGGAGUAGGUGGGCUUGGAUCUAAUUGAUUACACUAAACUAGAGAAACCAUGUAAUAACCCUUUUAAUUUGACUUAUCAAGCUUAUCUAGGCAAAAUCUACAACUGUUUCAGCUCAGACAAACAAGUGAUCUUAAAGUAGUUUACUAAUAAUCAGUUCAUGAACUAAACGAUUUAAAAACUGUAUCUACAUGAGACCUGAUAAAGACUAUUUAUGAAGCUCAAAAUGGGUUUUGUAAGUUAGCACUGCUAAAUGCAGAUAUAUACGAUAUGAACGGUAAGGUCCUAUCUAAUUUUCAUUCAGUGGACUCAGAUAUCACUAUGAUAUGUCUUUCGCAGAACAAAUUUCAACAAGUUCUCAAUGACUUUUCACUUGUAUACUCACAUCUUUUAUGAAAAUAACGUUGCGAUCCUAGAAUACUCCACCUUAAUUCUGAGUAGUGUUUUCACCAGGUAUAAACUUCGAAACCUGUUUAACAGUGCUUUGCAGUCCGUUUCCAUUCGAAUCAUUUUACUUUAAACCAUAAAUUCAUUUAACAAAGACUUCAUGCUAUUAUAGAAGCUGAGUCUUAAAGUAAAUCUAACCUGUUUCUUUAAGAUUUUCAAUAAACUAUUUUUCAUUUACUGAUCCAAUUCAAUACAAUGAAACUUGAAGUUAUAACAUUCUUAACUUGAUAGGGUAUAGAACAUAUUUACAUCAACAAGUAUUAUUUAAAAAGGGCUAGUGAAAAUUUUCCUUUCGAAGAUGCCCUUGCGUUUCAAACCGCUCAGUAGUAAUGAAUCUUACCUCUCUGUUAUAAGAAACAGAUAUGCAUUGUAACACACAUAAUACACAUUCACUGAAGUGUUAAUAAUAUGCCCGCUGUAUCAGAUCAGUCUCACCAAUAUAUAUAUUCAACCAUUAUGAAAUGUUUCUCGUUCUUCUAUGAUCAUUAUCUAAAUUCAGAAACAUUACUCAAUUCCACUACGGUUUAUUCACUUCAUUCAUCUUAGAAUGUUUAAACUAAGAAACAAUUAAUUUCAUUGCUUUCAUUGAACGUAAAGCUGUAAUUAAAAAUGCUGAUAUGAGUAAUGAAAUGCAAGAGGAUGCAAUACAUAUAGCUGCUGGUGCAUUAGAUAAACAUGAUUUAGAAAAAGAUAUAGCUGCUAAUAUUAAAAAAGAAUUUGAUCGUAAAUAUAAUCCUACAUGGCAUUGUAUUGUUGGACGAAAUUUUGGAAGUUAUGUAACACAUGAAACACAUAAUUUUAUAUAUUUCUAUUUGGAUGAUCGAGCAUUCCUUCUAUUUAAAUCUGGAUAA